UCCUCCGAGUCCUGGCUUCUUCGCUGCUCUGAGAUCCGACGUCUGCAUCUUUGAACUAUGGCUAGGCAUCGAACAGCGCGACGACAUCCAUCAGGUGGAUCAGCCAAAAUCUGUGGAAGUUUGCCUAUCGAAGGAAGUAGUGCCUCUGAAAUCGUUGUUCCAACAGUUGGAUCCGAAACAAGCGCAAAACAGUUUGCAGUUGUCG